UUUGCAACAGUGUUCUUGUAACUUUUAAUUAAUGAAUUAUUUGCUGUCACUGUCAAUAAUGUGUUAUAUUUGAUAGUUAUCAUAAUUAUAUGUCGUUAUUUGAGACAUUCCUAAUCGGUAGUUUGUUUUUUUUAAUUUUAUCACCUGAAAUGUCACAUUUCCGAAUUGUGGAUUUUAGCUCAGACAACUCUUUAUUUCAUCCCUUUGUUCAGAAAAUGAGAAACUACCGAAGUAAAGACUAUUUAAUUAAAUUGCUGAAAAGAAACCUAGAACAGAAACUUCGAAAAAUCCGCAAGUUGAAUGAAGAAAAAAUGGAAGGCCAAUUUCGCGAGAAUGCAAAAGUGGACAAACCGAAAUGCAACUGCAAUUGCAAAUGUAAUGAGAGGAAUUUCCGAAAGCGAUGCGAACAUUGCGAACAUUGUUCCGCAGGAGGCGGAAUAGAAACCACUACCGAAUCCGAACAUUUUAAAAACUUCGUUUGCCAACAAGAAGGCAGUUUCGCAAAUCCAGACAGUUGUCGCCAGUUUUACAUUUGUUUCCACAACGAGCCGGAACCAAUAGGAGUGACAUGUCCAAAAGGAUUCGCUUUCGAUUCGGCUGAAAGAAAAUGUACGAGAAAAGCGGCUCGUCAAUGCAUCAGAAACCAGCUGUCGAUUUAUACCAACUAACCGUACAGAUUUAUUAGUUUAGAAAACGACUGCGCUUUUACAUAUUUAUUUUGUAUAAACUACGAAUAUGUGACUACAAUUUCAUGCGAUGGAAAUCGGGAACUGAUGUCGUUUCUCUUUUAUGUAAAGCAAAUAACGUGAGCGUGAUUACAUUUCGCCACCAAUGACAAGACUUUUCAUUGUAACAGUAACAUUAUUUCGUCUUUAGUUGUCCUUCAUCACUCUGUACGACUCCGAAGGGGAUUCCACCUUGACUUCUUCUUCCAUCCCGGGAAUAUCUGCCACGCUGGAUUUGCGGGAUUCGUUCGAUCUCACCCUAAACCCAAACUCAAUCAACAAAUUGGGAAAUUAUUGACACUCACCCGUAGGAGGAUUUUCCAGAGCAACGUCGCCAUAGCCACUUGCACAUGAUGAAUAAACGAUAUUUCUG